AACCUGCUGCGAGUUCCGGAACACUCUGGAGCGCUACGCGUACCUCUACGUCGACGACAGGAAGGAGGUCAUGCGCCAGUUCCUUUUGUACGGCCACAUUCUGACCAAUCAGGAGAUCGAGGGUCAAGCAGAGGGGGGGGUCACAGAGAGACCCCCUACACUGGACACCUACCGAGAGCAAGUGGAUGGGUAUGAGAGGAUCUAUGAGGAGGUGCAGGCUCUGGAGCCCGUGUGCGUGUUCCACGGCUGGAUGAGGGUGGACGGACGAGCGUUCAAGAGCGCCCUGCUGAACACCGUGAAGAAGUGGAGCUUCAUGUUCAAGCAGCACCUCAUAGACCACGUGACAAACAGCCUGUCAGACCUGGAGGAGUUCAUCUCGGUGGCGGAGGCGGGCCUGGGCCGCAGGGUGGAGGAGGGGGACUACGCCGGCCUGGUGGGGGUCAUGGGUCAGCUGCUGGCCGUGAAGGAUCGCCAGGCCUCCACGGACGAGAUGUUUGAGCCCCUGCAGCACACCAUCGCCCUGCUGAAGACCUACGAGCAGGAGCUGCCCGACACCGUCUACAAACAGCUGGAGGAGCUGCCAGAGAAGUGGACCAACGUGAAGAAGCAGGCGGUGCUUGUGAAGCAGCAGGUUGCUCCGCUGCAGGCCAGCGAGGUGGCCGGCCUGCGCAGGAAAUGUGCCUCCUUCGACGUGGAGCAGCACGCCUUCAGAGAGCACUUCCGCAAACAUGGACCGUUCAGGUUUGACAGUGAGCAUCCGUACCAGAUGCUGGAUUCGUCCCACAGACAGAUCCAGGAGAAGGAGGGUGUCAUGGCCGCUCUGGUGGAGUCCGCCAGCCUGUUUGAGGUCACCGUGCCGGACUACAGACAGCUGAGACAGUGCAGGCGGGAGGUGCAGCUGCUGAAGGAGCUGUGGGACAUGAUCUCGGCCGUCGACUCCAGCAUGGCCGCCUGGAGGACCACGCCCUGGAGGGACAUCCACGUGGAAGACAUGGAGAUGGAGUGCAAACACUUCUCGAAAGACAUCCGAGGCCUGGACAAGGAGGUACGAGCCUGGGAGGCCUUCUCAGGCCUGGACAGCCAGGUGAAGAACCUGCUGGUGUCGCUGCGGGCCGUGGCGGAGCUCCAGAACCCGGCCAUCCGACCCAGACACUGGCACCAGCUCAUGUCUGCCACGGGGGUUCGCUUCACCAUGGACCAGGACACCACCCUGGCUGACCUCCUGGAGCUGAACCUCCACUGCUUUGAGGAGGAGGUGAGGGGGAUUGUGGACAAGGCUGUGAAGGAGAUGGGCAUGGAGAAGGUCUUGUCAGAGCUCAACUCCACCUGGACAGGCAUGCAGUUCCAGUACGAGCCUCACCACCGCACUCGGGUCCCCCUGCUGCGCUCCGACGAGGACCUGAUCGAGACCCUGGAGGACAACCAGGUCCAGCUGCAGAACCUCAUGUCCUCCAAGUACAUCGCCCACUUCCUGGAGGAGGUGUCGUCGUGGCAACGCAAGCUGUCGGUGGCCGACUCGGUGAUCUCCAUGUGGCUGGAGGUGCAGAGGACCUGGUCCCACCUGGAGAGCAUCUUCAUCGGGUCGGAAGACAUCCGCUCCCAGCUGCCCGAGGACUCCAAGCGCUUCGAAGGGAUCGACGCCGAUUUCAAAGAGCUGGCGAACGCAGCCCACGAGACGCCCAACGUGGUGGAGGCCACAGGCAAGCCGGGACUGCUCGGCAGGCUGGAGGACGCCCAGAGCAG